UAGUGAAGGUGAUAAGUGAGAAGAGAAAGUGGUGAGACGGCGGCAGUGUAUGAAAGUCUAAUAAAUAAACCCUACUACACAUUGCCACAUUCAGUAGGGUUUAGACUGAUGGGUGAUCAAAAUCUUCAUCUCAGUGUUAUACUUCAAUGUACUCUCAGUCCCAUUCCCGAUCAACGCAAGGCUGCUGAGCUUAAAUUAGAUGAGAUCCAGUAUUCCCCUCACCAUCUUCCUUCUCUCCUCCAUAUUAUUCUCGACUCCUCUAAUUCCGAUAUUGCCCUCAGACAAGUUGCCGCCAUUCACUUCAAAAACUUCAUUUCUAAGAAUUGGUCUCCAUCACCUUCCGUUGAUUCCCAACAACCACAACCACAUCUCAUCUCCAUCGCCGAUAAAGAAUUUGUCAGGAAUCACAUCCUCCUCUCUCUACAUCAACUUCCUCCUCUCUUGAGGGUUCAACUUGGUGAGUGCCUCCGAACGAUUCUAAAUUCUGAUUAUCCAGACCAAUGUCCCAAUCUUAUUGAUUGGGUCAAGCAGAGUUUACAGGAUCAACAACUCUACUCUGCCUUAUUCGUUCUCCGUAUUCUUUCUGUUAAAUAUGAGUUCAAAGCAGACGACGACAGGAAUCCUGCCUAUCACAUUGUUAAGGAGACUUUUCCUCACCUUCUCAAUAUUUUCAACACCCUUGUCCACAUUCCUAAUCCAUCCCUUGAAGUUGCAGAUCUCAUCAAGCUUAUCUGUAAAAUUUUCUGGUCCUCCAUUUAUCUGGAGAUUCCAAAGAUUUUGUUUGAUCAAAAUGUAUUCAAUGCUUGGAUGGUUCUAUUUUUAAAUGUUUUGGAGAGGCCUGUUCCAUUGGAAGGUCAGCCUGUUGAUCCCGAUCUUCGGAAAUCAUGGGGUUGGUGGAAAGUCAAAAAAUGGACAAUUCACAUUCUAAAUAGGCUCUACACUCGUUUUGGUGACUUGAAGCUACGAAACCCCGAAAACAAAGCCUUUGCUCAAAUGUUUCGAAAGCAUUAUGCGGGGAAGAUUUUGGACUGCCACUUAAAUCUGUUGAAUGUCAUUCGAGUAGGUGGUUAUUUACCUGACAGAGUUAUCAACCUUCUUCUUCAAUAUCUAAGCAAUAGUGUUUCAAAGAAUAGCAUGUAUACUGUGCUGAAGCCUCGGCUUGAUGUUCUUCUUUUUGAAAUAGUUUUCCCUCUCAUGUGCUUCAAUGAUAAUGAUCAAAAGCUUUGGGACGAAGAUCCACAUGAAUAUGUAAGGAAAGGCUAUGAUAUUAUUGAAGACUUGUAUAGCCCUAGGACUGCCUCCAUGGAUUUUGUGAGUGAGUUGGUACGAAAACGUGGGAAAGAUAAUUUUCACAAGUUUAUUCAAUUCAUAGUUGAAAUUUUUAAAAGGUAUGAUGAAGCACCAGUAGAAUACAAGUCUUAUAGACAGAAAGACGGCGCCCUUCUUGCUAUUGGGACACUUUGUGACAAAUUGAAACAAACUGAGCCUUAUAAAUCUGAACUUGAGCGUAUGGUAGUGCAGCAUGUCUUUCCUGAGUUCGGCAGUCCUGUUGGCCAUCUUAGGGCCAAGGCAGCAUGGGUUACAGGACAAUAUGCCAACAUUAGCUUCUCAGAUCAGAACAAUUUCCGGAAGGCAUUGCAAUGUGUUGUAUGUGGAAUGCGAGAUCCUGAACUUCCUGUCCGCAUUGAUUCUGUUUUUGCUUUGCGUUCUUUCAUUGAAGCUUGCAAAGAUUUAAAUGAAAUUCGUUCUAUGCUCCCUCAACUCCUUGAUGAGUUCUUCAAACUUAUGAAUGAGGUUGAGAAUGAAGAUCUUGUAUUUACUUUGGAGACUAUUGUGGACAAGUUUGGGGAAGAAAUCGCACCUUAUGCACUUGGGCUGUGCCAAAAUUUGGCUGCAGCAUUUUGGAGGUGUAUGAACACUGCUGAUGCUGAUGAUGAAGCUGAUGAACCAGGUUCUAUGGCCGCAGUCGGUUGCUUGCGAGCAAUUAGCACAAUACUUGAGUCAGUGAGCAGUCUUCCUCAACUUUUUAUUCAAAUCGAGCCUACUUUGCUUCCCAUAAUGCGUACAAUGUUAACAACUGAUGGUCAAGAGGUUUUUGAAGAAAUUUUGGAGAUUGUAUCAUAUAUGACUUUUUUCUCUCCAACAAUAUCAUUGGACAUGUGGAGUCUUUGGCCAUUGAUGAUGGAAGCAUUGGCAGAUUGGGCAAUUGAUUUCUUUCCAAAUAUUAUGGUUCCUUUGGACAAUUAUAUUUCAAGGGGAACUUCCCAUUUCAUUACUUGCAAAGAACCUGACUAUCAACAGAGUUUGUGGAAUAUGAUUUCCUCUAUUAUGGCAGAUAAAAAUAUGGAGGACCGUGAUAUUGAGCCAGCUCCAAAGCUUAUUGAAAUUGUCUUCCUAAACUGCAGAGGGCUGGUGGACCACUGGGUUGAGCCAUAUCUCAGAAUUACAGUUGAACGCUUGCAUCGAACUGGAAAAUCAUAUUUGAAAUGUCUUCUCAUGCAAGUGAUUGCAGAUGGUCUAUACUACAAUGCCGCACUGACUCUAAGCAUAUUGCAAAAGUUAGGCGUCGCAUCAGAAAUCUUCAAUCUUUGGUUUCAUAUGCUGCAAGAAGUCAAGAAGAGUGGUGUGCGUGCUAAUUUUAAAAGGGAACAUGAUAAGAAAGUUUGCUGCCUUGGUUUAACAUCGUUGCUGAUACUUCCAGCUGAUCAAUUGCCAGUAGAGGCUUUAGGUCGGGUGUUUCGUGCCACUCUUGAUCUUCUGGUUGCAUACAAGGAUCAAGUUGCAGAAGCUGCAAAAGAGGAUAAAGAUGAUUAUAAUGAUGACGACGACGACGACGAUGAUAUGGACGGCUUUCUAACUGAUGAAGAGGAUGAGGAUGAUAGUGGUUCUGAUAGGGAAAUGGGAGCUGAGGCUGAAGAUGGGGAUGAAGCUCACAGUAGUAAUCUUAGAACGUUGACUGAUCAGGCAAGGUCAUUCAGGCCUGACGAUGAGGAUGAUGAUGAAUCGGAUGAUGACUUUAGUGAUGACGAAGAGUUGCUGUCCCCAAUUGAUGAAGUGGAUCCUUUUGUUUUCUUUGUGGAUACAAUGAAAGUGAUGCAAUCAUCAGAUCCAAUGAGGUUUCAGAAUCUGACUCAGACACUUGAGUUCUCUUAUCAAGCUCUUGCAAAUGGCGUUGCCCAGCAUGCUGAUCUGAGAAGAGGUGAGAUUGAGAAGGAAAAGUUAGAGAAGUCAUCAGCUGCCACAGAUUCUUAAGCUUUUGGAUGUACAUUCUUGGUUCUUGUUUUACGGUUAUAUUCUCAGAGGUUUUUCCCUUGCACACAUUCUUUGUAAGAGAUGCAGAGGGUUGCAUACUUAUUUGAGGCGUUUAUUGGUUCAGUGGUCCUAGUUGGGUGGGUCUAUGAGCUUAAGGGUUUACAGUUUUGAAAUGCCUGAGUUUAGUACGCUGAAGUUCCCAUUGAUUUCUGGACAUUCUUGGUGUUGUUGCCCUAUUUCUUUUUCACUUUUGUGUGGAUCCUCUUUUUCAAGUUUCAGUGUCUAGCAUAUGGAACUCCUUGUUCGCAUAGUGCAGUGCAGUAGGGGGCUUCAUGUGCGAGUUCUGUGAUGUCUUUCUCCUCUCACGUCACUUAGACGACGGCUAGACUCUGGGACCCGCCAAUGGUUGGUAUUGGCAAUUUUUGGUGAGAUAGUAUUGAAAAAUUCUUCGUAUUUUAAUUCUUUUUUGGCUAUAAUAAUUUUUUUAAGUUUAGUAAAAACCAACUGCUUAUUGAUGAAAGGCAUAUGGUUUUGGGGUUUAUGCAUAGCUUUUCAAUUGCUUAUUGUAUGACAGAUAUAUUCGGUUUUAAUACAAGGGUAUUGGUUUUUGUUGUCACAA